AUGGCGAUGAGGCAGACGCCGCUCACCUGCUCCGGCCACACGCGGCCUGUGGUGGAUCUGGCCUUCAGUGGCAUCACGCCUUAUGGCUAUUUUCUAAUCAGCGCUUGCAAAGAUGGUAAGCCUAUGCUUCGCCAGGGAGAUACAGGAGACUGGAUUGGAACAUUUUUGGGUCAUAAGGGUGCCGUUUGGGGCGCAACAUUGAAUAAAGAUGCCACCAAGGCAGCGACAGCCGCUGCAGAUUUCACAGCCAAAGUGUGGGAUGCUGUCUCAGGAGAUGAGUUGAUGACCCUGGCUCAUAAACACAUUGUCAAGACAGUGGAUUUUACGCAGGAUAGUAAUUACUUGUUAACCGGAGGACAGGAUAAACUGUUACGCAUAUAUGACUUGAACAAACCUGAAGCAGAACCUAAGGAAAUCAGUGGUCACACCUCUGGUAUUAAAAAAGCUUUGUGGUGCAGUGAGGAUAAACAGAUCCUUUCAGCGGAUGAUAAAACUGUUCGCCUUUGGGAUCAUGCUACUAUGACGGAAGUGAAAUCUCUAAAUUUUAAUAUGUCCGUUAGCAGUAUGGAAUACAUUCCUGAGGGAGAGAUUUUGGUAAUAACUUAUGGACGAUCUAUUGCUUUUCAUAGUGCAGUAAGUUUGGACCCAAUUAAAUCCUUUGAAGCCCCUGCAACCAUCAAUUCUGCAUCUCUUCAUCCUGAGAAAGAAUUUCUUGUUGCAGGUGGUGAAGAUUUUAAACUUUAUAAGUAUGAUUAUAACAGUGGAGAAGAAUUAGAAUCCUACAAAGGACACUUUGGUCCUAUUCACUGUGUGAGGUUUAGUCCUGAUGGAGAACUCUAUGCCAGUGGUUCUGAAGAUGGAACAUUGAGACUGUGGCAGACUGUGGUAGGAAAAACAUAUGGCCUUUGGAAGUGUGUGCUCCCUGAAGAAGAUAGCGGUGAGCUGGCAAAGCCCAAGAUCAGCUUUCCAGAGACAGCGGAAGAGGAGCUAGAAGAAAUUGCUGCAGAGAAUUCAGAUUCCAUCUAUAGUUCAACUCCCGAAGUUAAGGCCUGA